CGUGAAAUAAUCUGUCUUAUUGGUUCCAGGGGCUGCCCCCUAGCGCAUGCAUGCCUGCAUACCUCACUCUCGAGCUUUAGUAUAUAAUGUGAGUAUGUAUGACUGAUCUCCCUAUGACUCUCUUUUCCACUCCAUACCUUACACUGCCUGCUCUUCCCCGUUGCCAACAUACACAUGGCUGCCACGCACGAGACUUCUCUUCCGGAACGGAACCAGGGGUGGUUCAAGGAGCCGCUCACUGAAGUUAACCAACCAAUCCGCCAGCUCCUAGAGGGCUAUUCCAAAAUUCCUGCGUCCGAAGUUGUGUCACAUGUCAACAACAUACGAGAUCGGGGAUUUGCGGCAAACCCGUACCCUUGUAUUGGACUGUACCGUUUCACCCUACUUACACUGAUUGAUCAUCCCUUAUACGGUACCAUUGUGAGGCGCCUCAAGCAGGCAGACGCGAGCUACCUCGAUGUUGGCUGCUGUUUCGGGCAAGAUCUUCGUCAAUUGGUUUUCGAUGGUGUGCCAUCACAGCAUUUGGCUGGCCUGGACGUUGCACAGCCUUUGAUAGAGUUAGGCUACGACCUAUUUCUUGACCGCGACUUACUUCAUUCCGAAUUUUUGGUCGCCGAUGUUUUUCAGGGAUCUACACAGCCAGCCUGGAAAAGACUCGAGGAGCGUGGUAUUGAUGUAGUGCAUUGCAGCGCAUUUUUUCACCUAUUUCCCCUUGAACAGCAAAUGACGGCGGCUCGACAGAUCGCGAGGCUCGUUAAAAAAGGGGGGGUCGUUGUAGGGCGUCAGAUUGGUAGCUGCAGGCCAGGGGAUGUGGCUGCCAUACAGGAAAAAACGUACAGCUAUCGGCAUGAUGUAUCUACUUUUGAUGAUAUGUGGCGUAGAGUGGGGGAGGAGACGCAGACGAAGUGGAGGGUUGAGGGUACGUUGGAUAUGGUUGGGAUUAAUCCCGACAGCCCAGUCGAGAACGAGGAUAGCCGUCGACUACUUUUCACUGUCACUAGGCUGCAGUAGCCUGAUUGGCUGCUACUACCAAGAUGGAGGUAACGAGGAUUCGGGUCACAGGAGAAAAAUACACAUUCGGAGGAAGGCUGCACGAGGCUUUUCAUCUCAUCUCGUUGUAAUUAAAGUGCGUCUAAGUGCGGCAGCUGACACAACGUCGGCCAAUCCAUAAAUAACUACCGAUUCAUCCACAU